UUUUUGAAUUUUGUCUGUUUUUUGCAGGGGACUGUUUAUUUGUAGACAGUAGCUUCAUGUAGUCGAGCGGCUGCGUCCAUUUUCAAAGAAAGAAUAAAUACGAUACAGUAAAAAGGACAACGUCUUUCAAGGUUGAAAUCCCUUUGGGAUAAAGGGUCAGCCAAAAUGACGAUUAAUUUGGGUGUAAAGGCUCUUCUGAGCUGGGUCAACAACAUAAAACUGUCCGAGCGAGAAAUGACUAUCGAGGAUUUACAAGAUGGGACAGUCUUACUGAAAAUUGUGUAUUUGCUGAAAAAGGAACCCAACUCCAGUGUCAGUAAUACUAUGGAAGAUCGAUUCAAGCUCAUUGCAGACUUUGUGGAAAGAGAUUGCCGAUUUAAUGCAGCCAAAGGCACUUCAUUAUCUUGGGACAACAUAAAAGACGGCAUCCAUCUCACAGUAGAAAUUGCAAAGGUGCUUUUGUUGCUUGUGUACCACGAUAUAAUGAAUGACCGCUGCACUCUGAAAAUGAUGGAAUGCGAUGCGGAGCGAGAGAUAGCAAACCUAACUGGUUCCUAUGUAAUGGAGAGUGACGGCUGCGUUUAUCUUAACAAAGGACUGGAUGCCUAUUUAGCGAAAAGAUAUAUGCAUGUUGCCCGUGAAAUAUUCGAGCGAUCAGCAACCAUCUCUACUUCCAAUGUGUCGACUAUGUCCUCGUUGUCUGAUGACGAGUCCCCUGUCUUCCACCGCACUCAGAAAAUCUCAUUUAUGGACAUGCAAACUGUGGCUUCUUCCUCAGUCAGCAAGUCUCCUCUGCAGGAUAUCAUGAACACACCUAAAUUUCAGCUGAGAAAGGUGCAACGACAGAUGAUCAAGGAGAGAGACUAUAGAGAUGGGUUGGAGCGGGAGCUGGCCAGCAAAAUUGCACUCAUUGCACAAAGAGAGUCCCAUAUCAACCAGUUGCAGUACCGCCUGGACAAGCUAAAAGAAGAAAAAAGUGAUGAGGAGAAUGUUAUCGGGGAACAAAUCAAUGAGCUUCAGACCAAGAACAACACGUUACAAAUGCGUCUUAAUGAGAUGUUAAAGGAAAAUAAAGAUCUCAAGGGUAACACCUCGCUUAUGGAGCGCAAAGUUGAUGAACUGGCGGAUGAAAAUGGUGUACUGUCAUCACAGGUGAGAACCGUGUGUUCACAGCUUGCCAUCUUUGAGGCAGAAGUUGGCAGGCUGACAGAAACCCAAGCAUCUUCUCAGGAGGAGUGGAGAAGUAAAACAGGCCAACUACAGUCUGAACUUAACCAAGCUACCGCUCAAAAGGAGCUUCUGACUGAACAAAUUCAGAUUCUGCAGGGAAAAAUUUCCUGUUUGGAGGACGACAUAAACAAGGCCACUAAGGAAGAAGUAGGAGAGAAUAUGGGACCUAUAAUGGAGAGGGAAAUGUUGGACAAUGAAAUCAUUGGUUUGAAGAGUGAGCUGGAGAGCACAGUUGGCUUCCUAAAAAAAGCUGAGAUAGAAAUUCAAGCCAAAACACAGCAGCUGGAAGAGUAUCAACAAGAAAUUAAUCAACAGAAAGAUCUACUGAGGCAACAGGAAUCCAGAACUAAAGAAAUGAUUCAAGCAAAGGAUGAGAUUAUAGACAAAUUGCGAAAGGAAAUCAUUGAGCAGAGAGCAGUCCUGCAGCAUGAGAUCCAAGAUCUCAAGAUUCAACUGGAGCAAGUUGAACAGCAGAAAACCGAGCAGAUGACCAAACUACAACAGCAUAUUACUGCUUGUGAACAAGAAAUUGAAAAACUAAAGGAAAUUAAGAAAGAGAUGGAAGGCCUUCUCCACCAGACUGAAGAAAAUGUAAAAGAUCUUGAGACAAAGUUAUCCGCUGCCAGUUCCCUUUUGGCUGAUAAAGACCAACAACUUAACACUCUCAGAGAAGAAGUUGACGUUCUUACAGAUGAAACCAAAAACAACAAAAAUGAAAUACAAGCCAAGGAGGAAACGCUUGCCAAAUUACUUCUGGAGAAGUCUAAUGAGCAAGACCUUUUUCAAAAACAAAUCCAGGCCCUUAACAUCCAAGUGGAAGACCUUAGUUCAUCUCUAAAACAGGCUGAGAAGGAAAUUCAACUUAAGCUGGAGCUACUGGCUAAAACCCAACAUGCGAAUGUACAACAAAAGGAGAUACUUGAACAACAGCUUCAAACCUGUGAAGAAGAGGUAGAAAUGUUAAACAAAGAGAUACUGGUCAAAAAUGAGCAGCUUGUUACUCUUAAGAAUGAAAACUCACAACAGGCUGAAUCGUUGGAGCAAGAAAUCACAAGUAUGAAAGGCCACAUCGAAAGUCUCAAGGACUCUCUCAGAAUGACUGAGGAACAAGUCCAGGCUCAGAAGGUUAUGCUUACAAAGCAGGAGCAGCAAAGUGCUCAUCAGACAGAGGUCCUGCUGCACCAACUCUCUGCUUCUGAAGAGAAGGUAAAGAGCAUGAAGGAGGAGAUCGAAACUAAAGAGGAACAAAUGAACAUAUUGAAAAAUCAAAGUUCUGAGCAGUCAGAGUUACUACAUCAAGAGAUCUUAACUUUAAAGACGCAGAUUGAAAGUCUUUGUUCCUCCCUGACGGAUGCUGAAGGGAGUUUGCAGUCCAAGGAAAAGCUCUUUGCCAAUCAGCAAUUACAGAGCACUCAGGAUAUGGAGGCACUCCAGGCACAGUUGGUAGCAUCUCAAGAUCAGAUUAAGACUCUAAAUGCAGAGAUUCAUUCUAAGGAGGAGCAAUUCAUUCAGCUAAAUAACGAGACCUCCACACAAUCUCAACUACUACAGCAAGAGAUUGAAAGUCUGACUAAACGAAUAAAUACCUUGAGCAAUUCUCUGGAUAUCGCCAAGGACCAGUCUCAAGUUAAAGAAGAUGUCAUCGCCAAACAGGAGCAACAGAGCACUUUGCAGAUUGAGGAGCUUAAGAAGCAAAGAGCAGUUCUCGAGGAGGAGGUAAAUGGGCUGAGAGAGGAGACAAAAACUAAAGAAAGCAAUUUGGAACUGUUAAAGGUUGAGAACUGUAAGGAGUCAGAAGUGCUGCAGAACGAAAUCCAAACUCUUAAAGACCAAGUCCAAAGUUUGAACGAAUCCCUAAAGUCUACACUAGAGCAGGUUCAGGCUAAAGAAAAUCUUCUCACUCAGAAGGAAAUGGAGAUUUCUCAGGAAAACGAUACAUUUCAAAACAAGAUGGCAACUUCUGAAAAGGAGAUACAAGGUCUUAAGGAGCAGAUUGAGGCUAAAGAGGAACAUAUGGUCAAGCUAAAGCAAGAGGACUCCAUUCAGUUGGACAUGCUACAGCAGGAGAUUGAAUGUCUCAAAAACCAACUCGCUGAUAUGGGUGACUCUCUUACAAAAGCUCAGGAGAAGGUUCAGACUCAGCUAAUCAUGAUCACCAAGCAGGAGCAGGACAGCGCUGAUCAGAAGGAACUCCUGCAGCAGCAAUUAUCAGCUUCUGAGGAAGAGGUGAGGAAAAUGAAAGAGGAGAUCCAAGCUAAAGAGGAACAGGUGAUACAGCUUAAGACUGAUAACUUGGAGCAAACUGACUUGCGACAUCAAGAAAUCCAAGAUCUAAAGGAACAAGUUGAGAGUCUUGGUUCCUCACUGAAGAUGGCAGAGGAAAGUUUGCAGUCCAAGGAAAAUCUGUUUGCUGAACAGCAACUGAAGAACACUCAGAAUAUGGAGGCACUCCUGGUGCAAAUGGUGGCAUCUCAAGAUGAGGUAAAGAGGCUAAAUGCAGAGAUUCAUGCUAAAGAGGAGCAAUUCAUUCUUCUUAAUACAGAGACAUCUAAACAAUCUCAAUUGCUACAGCAAGAAAUUGAAAGUCUAAACAAACAAAUAAAUACUAUGAGCACUUCUCUUGAGAACGCCAAGGACCAGGCUGUAUCCAAAGAUGAUUUGUUGGCCGAGCAGAAGAAGCAAAGCACAUUGCAGAUAGAAGCACUUGGAAAGAACAGUGCAGUUCUUGAGGAGGAGGUUAAUCGCCUGAGAGAGCAGAUUCAAAUUAAGGAAAGCCAGGUAGACCUGUUAAAGGUUGAAAACGGCAAGGAGUCAGAAGUGCUGCAGGGCGAGAUCCAAACACUUAGGGACCAAGUCCAAAGUUUGAAUGAAUCCCUUAGGACUACAGUAGAGCAGGUUCAGGCUAAAGAAAACCUGCUGACUCAGAAGGAAAUUGAGAUUUCUCAGGAGAGAGAUAACAUUAAAAAAAUGAAGACGACCUCUGAAGAGGAGCUACAAGGGCUUAAGGAUCAGAUCAUUGCCAAAGAGGAACAGCUGGUCACACAGGAAAAGGAGGGCUCCAUACAGUCGGACAUGCUACAGCAGGAGAUCAAAGAUUUUAAAACACAACUUACUAAUAUGGGCGACUCUCUCACACAAGCUGAAGAGAAGGUUCAGAAUCAGCUAGUCAUGCUAACCAAACAGGAGCAGGAGAGUGCUGAUCAGAAGGAGUUCCUGCAGCAGCAACUAUCGGCUUCUGAGGAAGAGGUGAGGAAGAUGAAAGAAUACAUCCAAGCUAAAGAAGAACAGAUGAUACUGCUAAAGACCGACGGCUCAGAGCAGUCUCAUUUGCUACAUCAAGAGAUCACAAUCCUAAAAAUGCAAGUUGAGACUCUUGGCUCCUCACUGAGGAAAGUUGAGGAAGAUUUGCAAUCAAAGGAAGAUAUGUUGGCUCAAAAAGAGCAAGAACACAUUCAACAGAGGGAGGCUCUCCAAAGUCUACAGGAGAAAGUCAAACAAGUGGAAAUUCUACAAGAACAGAUUUCUUCACGUGAAGAUGAAAUUCAAAAGUUAAAGGAAUCUCAAAAUGAGAAAGAGAGCCAUCUCCUCAAAGCUGAACAGAAGCUUCAGAUCCUCCAGACAGAGUUGUCUACAUUCAAUCAACUCGUGACUGACAAAGACCAAAACCUGAACACUCUCAGAGAGGAGGUCACUGCCCAAUCUAAUUUGAUUCAAAAAGCAAAAGAGGAAGCUGAAGCUCAAGAAAAAUUACUGGCCGAGGUAAACGAGGAGUGCUCCAACCAGAAAGAUGCUCUUCAACAUGAGAUACAGGUUCUGAAAGAGAAACUGGAAACCACUUCUCAGAGUCUUCUGGCUAAAGAGCAGAUGUUACUUGAAACUCAGCGGGAGUCUUCUGAGCAGGUGGGGCUCCUCCAGCAGCAGCUUGCAUCAGUAAAUGCAGAGCUGGACCAAUACAAAGAGAAGCAAGCUGUAGAAAUCGCCACUUUAAGAGAAAAGGAGGCUCUGCUUCAGGAAAAAGAAGUACUCAUGGCCAGGGUACUGCAGAUUGAAAACAAUCAGAAAGAUCUGAAGAAACAACACGAAGCUGUGGUGUUUGAGAAAGAGAGACUCGCUCAAGCCCAACAGGCCAUGGAGAGAGAGAACAAGGCCUCGCAUAAACUGGAAUCUUUGCUACAACAUGAGAUGGAGAUAUUGAAAAAUGAAAAAGAGAUACUCUUGAAAGAGAAAGAAGAAGCGGAGGAAAUCCAAACGCUAAAGAAAGACCUGCAAGAACAACUGUUGGCUAAAUCUGAGGCGGCAGAUCACUACAAAACACAGAUGGAGAAGGCCAUGAGUUACUACAUCGGCAAGAAACAGCUUCUCCAGGAAAGCCAAGAAAAGGUGUCUGAACUCAAAAAUUCCUUGGAGGUGAAAGAGCAUGAAAUAAAAACAACUACCAUGGAAAAGAAGCUGCUUCAACUAGAUUUGGAUAAGGCCCAAACCAACGAGAAUGCACUUUUGAACAGGGUGGCCAGUUUAGAGGCACAGCUGGCCAUUGCUGACCGUAACCUGCGUGCACAGAACACAUAUGGUAAUGAAGGAAGUUCUCGGAUGUCCCUUUACAUGGAGGUUCCCAAUGCACACUCAAGUGUUCACACUAAAGCGAAAGUGAAGAAAGCCAUGAGCUCUGACAUCCUGGACCAGAGCUCCCUGGAAGACUCUCUAAACACCACAAGGAAACUUUCAGCUCCUGAUGAAUCGAGCACACCCCUUGUUCGCAGUUCAGAGCGCUUGGCAGCCAAACGCAGAGGUCUACAGGCGGAGUCCCUGGAAACCCUGUACUUUACACCGAUAAACAGCAGACAGAUCAACAGGACCAAUGCGGAGCACACACACGAGCUGGAUUCAACACGGAAAAAUCCAACUUCCUCUGUCAAGAGACGCAGGACCACACAGGUUAUUAACAUCACCCUGACCAAGAAAACCCCUGGCGGCGGUGAACACGAUGACACUUUCUACAGUCUGGCUUCGUCUCGCUCUCAUCCAAACCUCUCCAGUGCCCACACUGCACGCCCCGUAUCUAUGGAGCUGUUCGACACACCUGCCAGGAUGACCGGCACUGCCAGCGACCAGCUCAUCGGUCUCCCAGGCUACAGGCGGAGCACAAUGCACUCUCAGCCUGCUAGUACAUUCUGUGCGGGGGCAGAGAACGAGCCUGACGCUGGACCUGAUGACUGGAUGAGGAUUGCCGAGCUCCAGGCCAGGAACAAGGCCGUCCUUCCUCAUCUGAAGAGCAGCUACCCUGUGGAGUCUGACCCAUGCCGUGGCGCGGCAUUCCUUUUCACAGACGAAGAGCUCCGUACGGGCGACCCGUCUGACACCAUCCGCCGGGCAUCCACCAUGCCUGGCCAGCUGCAAGAUUCUCUCGACUCCCAUCGUCACUCCCUCAUGGGACACUCUACUGCCGCUGCCAGUACUCGUUCUCAUCGUCUGUCUUAUAUGCCCGGCCAGCUGCCAUCAAAAACCGUCAGCACUUCUCAGCUUAGAAGCCCGAAAGGCACCAAGCGGUCCUCAUCUACGUUGUCCGUACACCAAACUUUGCCUGAGAAAAAAGUGAAGGCCAGCUGUUUCCCAAGACCACUCACUCCCAAAGCCAAGAACGUGAUCAGUGAGACUUUCAACUCUCAGAAUUGCACUGCCCUCAAUCCAGUUGAUCGGAGGCAGUCAAUGAUGUUCAGUAUUGAAAACACCCCUAAAAACAGCUACUCCCUGAAGAAAGGGCUGAACAAACUACGCAUCUCCACUCGGAAAUCCCCAGGAAAAACCUCAAAGAAUUCGCCUGCUCAGACAUCUGCGCGUAAAUGCAAGGAAAACAUCCUUACGGCUAAUUCCCGUGCUGGAGUGGUACGAACAGGAAGAAUUAGCGGCUCUAAAUCCCCCCAGGUGGCAACUAAAGGACAGAAAACCACCAGCAGGUCUACAAAGUCUCCUGGAAUUUCUAGUGCUCGCAAGAUGAUGAACAGGAUGAAGGUGUGAGGACUGGUUCCCAGUGGUGAUCGUUUACGGUUCUUCUUGAUCAUACUUCCCCCCCCCCCCCCCCCCUGCAAUCGGUUUUAUAAUGUUCUACAUCAAUUUGUUUUCAUAUUCUUUUAAACUACUUUCAUUUAAUCUGUAUUAUAUUUAAAUGUUUGUCAAUAAAAGUUAAAAAUGACACACUA